AUGUUCUAUCAGGGGAGCCUGCAGGAGGGCAUCUCUACAGCGGUGGGCCAGCAGAAGCUUGUCCUCUGCUUCGUGACAAAUGAGAAUGAGGAGAGCCAGACAUGGGAGAAUGAAUUUCUACAAGACAGCUCUACGCAAGCGGUUGCCCUGCGGCUCAUCGCAGAGUCGGAAGAGGCGGGAUACCUGUCGCAAAUCUUCCCGCUGCCCAAGACGCCCACCGUCGUCAUCAUGAAGCACGGCGAGCUCAAAGAAUACAUUGCCGCCGGCACUUCCAAGGAAGACUUCCUCCGCCGAAUCCUCGUUGCUUUCAACGCCGCUCCUCCUGCGACCUCAGCCCCAGCCCAAGCCUCAUCAUCGUCGGCCUCACCGUCAGCUUCACCGACACGCUUGACUGCCCCUACACGGAUACGAUCGCAAUCACAAUUACAAUCACCGCCAGAGGCCCAACUUCAGGCUCAGGUCGAGGCCGUGGGCACCGCUCCACAGGAAGUAGUGGUCAAUCAAGUCAAUCAGGUUGACCACCUCCUGGCCGACAGGGCGGCCAAGCUCAAGGCACAGAAAGAGGAGGCCGAGAGAAAGGCCAAGGAGGAACGGGCCAAGGCUCGAGAAAAGGCCAAAGCAGAGGCACAAGCAGCCGCUGACACGGACGGAGCCAGAGUUUACCAGCAAGCGGAACAGCUAAAGAAGAGGCGACAGUCGGAACUCGAGGAACGCCGAAGGAUCUUGAAGCGGAUAGAAGAUGACCGAGAGGAGAGACGCCUGCGGGCGUCGCAAAAGGAGCAGCAGAGGAAUGAGAGCCGAAGGGCGAGCGACGCUACUGCCUCAGCCAGCACAAUGCUGAGCAAGUUGCCGUCCACAAACUCUAGGAAGGUGUCUGAGAUGGCAUCCAUCCAAGUCCGGCUUUUUGACGGCUCAACCAUACGAUCACGGUUCAAGACAGGUGAUCCUCUGACGGUAGUCAGGCAGUGGGUUGAUGAGAACCGAGGCACGAGCAAAAGCCCGUACACCUUCAAGCAGGUCCUGACACCGCUGCCCAACAAGAACAUUGACGCGACGGAGGAAAGCAAGUCGAUUGGCGAGCUGGGCUUGAUUCCGUCCUCAACGCUGGUUCUGAUUCCUGUCCAAAAGUAUUCGUCGGCUUAUCGCGCCAAUGAACGACAGGUAUCACCUUGGUCGAAGCUUCUCGCACUGAUUCUGGGCUUCUUCAACUGGCUUCUGGGACGGGACAGCACGCCAGCUGCGACGGCCAGGACUGCGUCCGAGGAGAGGAAUCGCCGGGUGCGAGGGUUACAGAACUUGCAGCGCGAUCACCAGCUGUACAACGGGAACUCGCUCAAUUUUGAGCCGCGGCCAGACAACGACGAUGACGACGACGAAACAUGA